AAGAGGAGAUUAUCAUUAAGAAAGACUGGAACUUUGUGGAUCGAUUAGUUAUCUAGUCUGAGUGAAAACUGAAAAACCCAGAAAGGUGUGGAAGAAAGAUGGCGAUAGGGGUGAAGGCUUUGCCCAUUUCUUUUGUUGCCCAUUUUCUGGGGGUUGUAGGAGCGAUUUUGGUGUUGAUUUGGUGCAUUAGCUUCAGAGGUGGUUUGGCGUGGGAAGCUACCAACAAGAAUCUCAUUUUCAAUCUUCAUCCUGUCCUGAUGCUUAUAGGGUUAAUCAUAAUUGGAGGUGAAGCCAUCAUGAGUUACAAAUGCCUGCCGCUAAAGAAGCCAGAGAAGAAACUCAUACAUCUUGUGUUGCACGCUACUGCUCUUAUACUCGGCAUAAUUGGGAUAUACAUGGCAUUCAAAUUUCAUAAUGAAAGCAAUAUUGCCAAUUUAUACAGUUUACACUCUUGGCUUGGUAUUGGUGUUAUCGUUCUCUAUGGCAUUCAGUGGAUUUACGGUUUCCUGGUUUUCUUCUUUCCUGGAGGAACAACAGCAAUUAGAAGCGAGUCACUCCCAUGGCAUGUGCUCUUCGGUAUCUUUGUGUAUGUCUUAGCUGUUGGCACAGCUACACUGGGAUACCUUGAAAAGCUAACAUUCCUUGAAAACUCCGGCCUUGCAAAAUACGGCUCAGAGGCAUUCCUCGUCAAUUUCACUGCCAUAAUCACAAUCUUAUUCGGGACCUUUGUCAUCCUAACUAUUCUCUCUCAGGCCCCUCCAGAAGAUGAAUAUAGUUACUCAGCUAUAUAACGGUGCUGGUGUCUACUACAGUUCUCUUGUUUUAGGUCUAAGCUACUUUCCACUUUCCUUUAUCCUAUUCAGGUUGGAUGGAUCAGUUAGAGCUCCAUGAAGUAGAUAUCUGCUAUGUGUGUGUUCAUAAAUUUACCUAUAUUGGAAUUGUUAAUUCAUGAUAAAGGAGCGAGGUGCAUAUGUUAUUACUGUAUAUAUCAUAUACUUCAACCA